CUGUCUUUUCGGUGUGAGAGUAAAAGCAGCACGAAAACUCACUUGUCAAAUCUAAUCAUCAGGUGUGCAAAAUCAAAUUCUUCGUCUCUUAAUUUCGCACUGUAACUAAUUCAUUCCAAAGCAUUCAGCAUUGUACAUGAUUUGUGAUACGUAUAUGUACGAAGAGUAAAAAGUACUGAUUACAUCAACUGUAAAUACAAAUUAUCUAAAUAAGCAUGGGGAAGAGAAAGCAGAUUGUCAACAAAAAUCGUGCGAAAAAGCAGAAACGAGCUGAAGAAACUGAAGAUGAUCCAAAUUCUUCACCAUGCACGACUCCAUUAAAUGAAGAUGUUUUGAAUAUUGUCGCACAAUUCAUGCGUUUCAAAGAUCUGAAAAACUGCCGACUCGUCUCCACAUUAUGGAACACUGCCUUAACUCCAGAAUUGAGGCGAAGAGCUAAAAUUACGCUCGUUUGUAACUUCUCACAACAAGAAAUGCGCAGAAACGCAGAUUUUCUCAAGGAGUUCCAAACCUGGCAAGGAUUCACUGGCUGUGCCAAUUUUGGAUCUCAAUGUGCAGGUGGUAGGACUGUGACAGAUGCAGAUUCCCCACCAAAGCCAAUGGUUACCAAAAGUACUUCCAUCUUUGCGAAAAAAUUACAAUUUCAUCAGAUCGAGGCAACACUGCGCACAAACUGGGAGAUGGACUUGUUGCAGAAAAUGCUAUUAAAUUCAACGGGAGUUUUGCAGAUGUUCAGCUUCGCCAUCGCCGCCUAUCCUGAACAGCCCAUUUCUUCAGCAGCAGUGGAAUUUUGGAGUACGCACACAUUUCCAAAAGUUACAAAGGUGGACGUUCGAAUGGACGGUCAUCGCCAAUGGGCUUCGUCAUUUUUCGAACAUUUCCUGAAAGCUUUUCCUAACGUUCGUAGACUAUCUGCCACCCUUGGGGGAAUCUCUGCACUAUUUUGUACGCCCGCAUCUGUUAAUGCCAUGAGGAACAUUACCGAUUUGAAGGUAAUGCUGUACUCUGGACCACACACGAGGGGGAAAUCUUUACAACUGAUAUCAAAGUUUCCGGGCACCCUGAAGAAAUUAUCUUUGACUUUUAUACACAUCUCGGAUCAAGCAAUAGCUGACAAUCCAGAUGAAAAUGACGUAUCUCUUUUACGAAAUUUUCUAUCUCAACAGAGUGGAUCGUUGGAACGUGUCCAGCUCUUAAUUUUGAAGUAUGAUGGCACUCGUGAUAUUGAAAUUCCUCGAUUUCCAGAACUUAAAAGACUCCAGGUUUACUUGAUGCAAACCAAGUGUAACUUCACGUUUGAGCAGCCAGACCAACCCGGUGUUUAUGGCGACAUUGACUAUUCAUAUAACUUUCCAAAGCUGCAACUAUUUCUAGCUCGCGAUUUGGCCAGGUCUGAAGGGCUAAGCGGGGACAGCUUUAAAUCUUGGUUUCCCUUAAAUACCAACGAUAAGAAGUAUAUUUGUCAGACUUUGAAACACUUUGAGUUUUAUGAAUCCGAUACGGUAGACAAGUUGGAUUCUGGUAAAUUAGAAGUCGACUAUUUUCGGCUGCCAAAAUUGUUCCCAAAUGCAGGCAAUACAUACAUGCAGGGGAUUAAGACCUGCACAAGAAUUGAAUCUGAUCGAGCCAUGCGACAGCGGAAUAGGUGGCUAAUGUUAGCUAGUCAGUGAUCAGACCAAUAGAACCAACCGACAAUGUAUUUGAUAAAUUAACGUUUAAUUUAAGGAGCUUAUGAAAAUUGAGGUGAAGACUGUGCAAGAUUUAUUGUCAUACAUACGCAGAAAAAAUUUGGAAUUAGGAGUCAUUUUUUAAGCCAGUUGUGUUACAAAUUCUUAGAUACAAGUAUGCAGUUUACAUAUUUUGUCUACCUAUUUACUUAUGACAGUUGCUUUUGCAAAACUUUCAUUUUAAUAAAAAAAAA